UGACAUUUUAAAGUUAACAACAUAUCAUGCCAGUUGUUCUUUUAUUGAAACUGUUAUUAAGAAAAAACAAUUGAUAUAUUGUAUAAAAAUGCCCGUUUUAAAAAUUUUCACUAACGUACCUAAAUCGCAAGUUACUAAAGAUUUUAUGGCUAAGGUAAUUCCAGUUCUUGUAGAUGGAGUCAAAAAGGAAGCUGAAAAAUUCACCUGCAUGGUUCAAAGUGACUGCCUACUGUCAAUAGACGGUGACUCAACAUUACCUGCAGCAACUGCUUCUCUGGAAUCUAUUGGCCACUUGGGGCCGGAAGAAAACAAACGAAUAGCUAAAUUACUGUCGGCAGUUAUGCAAAGUGAACUCGGCGUGAAACCUGGAAGAUUCCUUCUCACGUUCUACGAUCUCGAGCCUCACAACAUUGCAAAAAAAGGCACCACUAUUGCAACUCUUGAAUUUUGAAAUCAAAUUAGCGAAAAAUACAUGGAAAUACCUAUGGCCUUUUGUUUUA